AUGUUCAUGAAAUUAUUUAUUCUUUUGUGUCUUGUUUCUAACAAAGCUUUUUUGUGUGAGCCAAUCGACUGUUCAUCACUUGAUUCAAAUGAUGCCAACAUUCAACUUCGAAAAAAACUUUUAUGUCAUUAUGAAAGCACCACAAGGCCAGGAGACCGCAAAGACCCACUCGAAGUUCAAUUUGAUAUCAUCUUGAAGAGUUUUUCAUAUGAUGACGAUUCUUACAAAUUGACUCUUAAGACGUACAUCCAAAUGACAUGGAAUGAUAACAGACUUUCCUGGAAACCAGAAAAUCAUGGCGGUAUCCUUGAAACUUACGCUCAUGUUCAUGAUCUUUGGAUUCCUGAUGUAACAAUUCACCAUUCUGUAUCGUUAGAGGGAAUUGAUUCCUGUGUCGAAACUGAUUGUUUCAUCCGAUUUGAUGGAGAAGUUCGAUGCAUGCAUCCUUGUGAACAUUCAACUUUAUGUUUUCUUCCUGAUUACUCUACAUGGCCUGUUGAUAAUCAUGUUUGUGUCAUGAUUUACUCAAGCAUGUCCAAAAAUGAAGAAAAUCUGAAAUAUUCAAAACAUUCAAUAAUCGUGGACGAAGAAAUAAUAAAAAGAAGUAGCGACUGGUUGUUACUGGAAGCAUCAAUUUAUGAAGAUGUCGAUAGGGAUUCAAAAUCGAUAAUUGAUAGACGUUCGUUUCUAAAUGAUUCCCGUUUAGCAUUGUCAGCUUAUAUUUGGAUCAAACGCAACAAUGGAGACAAAAUAUUUCAAAUUCUGAUACCAGCAAUUGUAUUGAUGAUUGUCAAUGCUUGUGUUGUAAUCAUACAUCCGAAACAUAUUGAACGACUUAUGCUGCUAAUGAUCAAUUUGCUUUCACACCGAAUUCUCCUUGAACAGUUGAGAUGGAUGCUUCCCCAAUAUGGUUAUAGACCUCCAGCUGUUCUCAUGUUUUUCAUCUAUUCAAAGUUUGUUACACUCUUCUUGAUUUUUCAAACAAUUUUCAUGAAAAUAUUCCUCGAAAGUCAAGACAAUCCAAAUAUUCUUAUUAAAGAUCUUGUACUGAAAAUUAAUUCAAAACUUUAUAGAAAACCAACUCAAGAAAGCUCGGAACUGGAAGAAGAAUCUCAAAAGGAAGAAAAGAACGAAGCUUUGGAUAAAUUAAAGGAAAAUCAUUUAAUUCGUGAAAGUUUCCGAUCCAUCUCAGAUACUUUUCUGUUUAUCGCUUAUUGCAAUAAAGAUACGAAAAAUUUGGAUUUAAAGCUCAAAAGUACUCUUCUCUGCGAUUACGAAAAGGAAUUACGCCCUCCAUCAAACACAACAUCGGUGGCAUUGAAGUAUAUUCUUCGAAAUUUCGAUUAUGAUGAUAUGUCUUACGUUUUAAACCUUCAAUCAAGGAUCAUCCACAAGUGGAAUGACACUCGACUCAAAUGGGAUCCCAAAGAUCAUGAUGGAAUCAAUAAACUUUUAGUUUCUCCCGAGUAUUUGUGGACACCGAAGCUCUUCUUAAAUGACUCUCAUUAUCAUUAUGGACUUGGAUCUUGUUAUCCAAUUGAUUGUGUUGUGAGAAAUGAAGGCCAAGUUUCGUGUAUUUAUCCAUGUCAUCAAACUGCCGAUUGUUAUGGAGAUUUUGCCAAUUGGCCUUAUGAUACUCAUACUUGUUUUGUUGCUUUUAAAACAUUUCUUUCUUAUGAAGAUGUAACUUUUGAUUCAGAAAAUCUUGGAGCAGUCAUCUUCACUGAUUUGAACAAGAAAUGGGAUAUCAUUGAAGCGAAAGCAGACAUGAACGACACAAACAGAAAAAAUAUUAAAUUUAAGUUUGUUAUUCGACGUUUUAGUCAAACAUAUUUUCAACAUGUAUUAACUCCAGCCUACAUUUUGGUAGCAUUGACACUUUUCAUAUUUUUUAUGCAGCCGGGUAGCUAUUUAAGGACAAUUAUUUGUGGUGUAGAUAUUCAUCUUCACCUAAGUUUGAUGGACCGUGUUUGGUGGCAAAUCCCAACUCAAGGCGUCAACGUUCCACGGAUUUUGAAGUACAUGGCUUUCAUGUUAAUUCUGACAACUUUUGCUUUUAUAGAGACGAUUAUAAUAAAAGUUAUUCUAGACAUCUUUCCAUCGCCUCCACAAUGGAUAAACAAUUUUUCUAAUUUUCUCGAGUCAAACAUUUUAACGAAAUACUUUGUAAUGACAUUUUUUGAUGAAACAAUCAAAACAACUGUAAAGGAUUUAGAGGAAGAAAUUGGCGACGUCACUCCUGAUGAAAUUAAAAGCAAUAACUGGGCAACAUUUUUCCAUUUCAUCGACAGAAUUUGCUUCAUUGCAUGUUGCUUAGGUUAUUGGUUUUAUAGUUUAUAGGAAUUGUAAUUGAAAACAUAAAUAAUUAUUAAUUAUACUUAUAACUUAAUGUUGGUAACUUCAAACAUCAAUACAUUCGA